AUGCUUUACCUGAUUAUUACAGUGUGUUUGGUUUGCUCAACAAGAUCUGUGACGUGCAAUGAUCCGCUGGCUCGCACCCACACGGGACUCGUCGCUGGCUCGCGCAUCCUGGUUGGCGGCAAAGAGGUGGAUGCAUUUUUGGGAAUACCAUUCGCAAAACCACCCGUGGGAGACCUUCGCUUUCGAAAUCCAUUGCCAGCAGAACCUUGGAAGGGGACGCUCAAAGCCACAAGUAAGCCGACACCUUGUUGGCAGUUAAACCUUCGUUUCUUAGGUGAAAGAUUUCUGAACUACUCUAGUGCUUCAGAAGACUGCCUCUACCUAAAUGUGUGGAGGCCAGGCUCCACAUGCCAGAAUGUCGACUCGUGUCUGAGAAAGCUUCCAGUUGUGGUCUUUAUUCAUGGAGGGGCCUUCCAGUGGGGUGACUCGGCAUUAUUCAUCUACGACCCCGCCAACUUCGUGGCGUUGUCGAAUGUUGUGUUCGUGACGUUCAACUACCGAGUGAGCAUUUUUGGGUUUCUGUCGCUCGAGAAGCCAGAACGUCUAGGAAACAUGGGCCUUUGGGACCAGAACCUGGUGCUCAAAUGGGUUCAAAAAAACAUAGAACAUUUUGGAGGCGAUCCGAACGAGGUGACACUUAGCGGCCAAAGCGCUGGCGCCAUUUCAGUGGGAUUGCAUGCGGUGGCUCCACCGAGUCAAGGUCUCUUCAAGAGGGUGAUUAUGGAAAGCGGCACUCCACUAUCUAUGAUACUUGGAAUGUCGUACAGGGGCGUUAGCAAGUUCACGCAUAUUGCUGGUGCCCUCGGAUGCUACGAUACUCGACUGAGCUUCAACGAACAGUUAGACAAAGUGAUGGCGUGCCUUAGAAAACUAGACGCUCGAUUCAUAAUCAAAAUUUUAGCAAGUGUCGACGACGUCCAGCGAAUGUUUUCACCCAUUCAUGGAGACGACUUCCUCCCCCAGCACGUACUCUCGGAGAGAACGUGGACGAGCCUCAGUUUUAAGAAUGUAUUAAUAGGAACCAAUCGGGAUGAAGGGUCGCUUUUUCUGGAUCAUCUGAAGUUCACUUUCCCUAGACUGGAACAAGUAAUGUCCGGAGAUUACAGAUUGGCUAUAACAUUUGCCCUGGCGCCGGUCUUCAAUAUUCCAGUGUCGAAAGUGAAACACCUCGUCAACUUUUAUUUUGGAGGAUAUGAGACAAAACACGACACAAAGACGGUAGUGGACAUCUUCGGCAAAAUAUUUGGAGAUGCCGUAUUUGACUGUCCUACACAGCUAUUUGCAGAAACAAUUGCCAGGCAAGGCAUAAGUACCUACAGGUAUUUAUUCGCUUACGAAUCUACCUUCAGCUUCUGGCCGGACUGGAUGGGCGUGGUUCACGCAGAAGAACUGGCCUACACAUUAGGAUCGCUACCCUUUUAUAAGGACAGGGACAGGUACACGGAGCCUCUUGAUGAUUACGAAAAGGAGCAGCUAGUAAAAAUACAGUAUACGACAGAAGAACAAGCCUUCAUGGAAGAGAUUGUCGACGCCUGGGGUUCAUUCAUCCGCGCAGGGAGGCCGUCGAUACCUCUGCCUGGAUUUGACUGGCCCCUCUACACUACCGAGAGCCCUCAGCUUCUUUACCUGCGACCAAGUAACUAUACGAUGGGCUACUUCCCGCGUCGCAAAACAUGUGAACUUUGGAGACCGUUUCUUUUCAGAAGGUGA